AUGGAUCCCAGAUCUCACCCUUCCCGUCCUCCAUCCACCAGUCUGCCUCCAGGCUCCACGCCCAUGUCCUCGACUCCCAUCUCGAGCAUGCAUAUGCCACAAUACUCGAUGCAGCCGCAGUAUCCGGUGUCGCAGCCGCAUACUCUGCCUCCAUUGCAGCCUCAUCACCCACAGUCGCCCGCACCUCACCAUUACAUGGGCCAACCGUACCGUCCGGAUUUGUCGCGGUACCCUCCGUCAACUCACGAUGUCUACGGGGCUUCCCAGGCCCCUAUGAUGCCGCACACGACUGUCGGUAGCCUUCCGCCAUCGUCUCUGUUGAAUCUUCCUAACCCUCCAACACAGGCGCAUCAGCAGUACCCCCCACCUCCGAGUGUGCUUCCACCCGCAUCCUCCGCUCAGAGCUAUCCUCAGCCGAUUGCUCCGGCACCCCCACGCGACCGUCGCCCGGAUUUCAAUGGUCUUCCCUCCGGUGCCUUUAGUUACUCCGAUGGCAAGGGUUGGGGUAUGACUCCUGAUGUGAAUGGCGCGAACGGCUCCCCCUACGCCAAGGAACCGCCACGGACGCAGGUCGUGGGCUCUCAGGGCCGCCGUGGCAUCUUGCCAAGUGUUCCGGGCCGCGCGACUCCGGUUGCCAACGGUGUCAAUGGUACAGCUAAGAGCACGACUAUUCCUGCCAAGGAUGCGGAUGGCAAAUUCCCCUGCCCGCACUGUAACAAGACUUACCUUCACGCCAAGCACCUCAAGCGCCAUCUGUUGAGACACACCGGUGACCGCCCCUAUAUGUGUGUUCUAUGCAAGGACACUUUCUCCCGCAGUGAUAUCUUGAAGCGUCACUUCCAAAAGUGCUCAAUCCGACGGGGUAACCCGACCGGUGCGACCCACUUGUCCCACCCCCAGGCCCAUCUGAAGCGGUCUCAGCAACAAGCAGCUGCGGCUGCCGCGGCCAAUCCUCCUAAGCCGCUUCAGGAUGAAGUCAGUAAUCCCGUCCCCCACUCCAAUGGCGUAAUGGGCUCUCAAUUCGAUGGGGCCGUGAAUGGCAAUGGAAUGGCCACGGGUCGUCCUGGCUACACGGAGCAGCAGCCGCUAGGCUUCACGAUGCAGUCUGUCAACGGCAUGAACCGUGGUCCCGGUGACGACGCGUUUUCUGCUGGCCAGGCGCACGCGAGAGCCUCGUGGAUGGCUGGACCCAAGCAGAAUCCGUAUCUCAUGCAGCCCGGUGUCGAUGCCCAUGGCCAGCAGCUGACGGUCGACCGUCCCCUUGAACAGCACGGUUCUUCCGAUGGGUACAUUAACCCCGUUUUCCCUCACUCCAUGGCCGCGGGCCAGGAGCCGAUCCACGCUCCCGUCGACCACGACCGCAAGUUCUACCCCGCCUCGACCGGUCCUGAGAGCGGUAUGAACGGACUGUACCUUGCUUCUACUACGCUGAGCGGAGACGGUUAG